AUGAAAGGGAGCAAAUUAAGAUAAAACAAUCUUGGUGGCAAGGGAGGCCAGGUGAUCUAGGAAGAGAUGAACGAGUAGGGCUCUGAUAUGGACAACAAUAGAACUGAACUGACUAAGUUGGAGAUGGAACUCUGCAAGCAAAACUUUCAGUUCUAUGACAAGUAACGCCAGGGAUAUGUUGAGAGAUUCGAGCUCCCCAUGCUCCUCACUGGUACUCCACUCUUUCCCUCUCAUAAUAUUUUGAAUUUAGCAUGCGGGUAUAACUUGGAUGAUAAGAGAAUCGAAUAAUUGAAUGAAUUUCUAGAUGAGAAGAAGGCUUCAAGAAUAGACUUAAACUGCAUGCUCCUUGUAUUGACUUAGCUCAAAGAGUUAGAACUCAUGAAUGAGCAAGAGAACGAGUCAGAUGAGUACUUGGACGCAUUCGUAGCACUAGGUGGGCAACCAACUAAAGAAGGAUAUAUAUCAAAGAACACACUUAUUGAGAUUAUAAAGACUGAGUUUGAGUUGACAAUAGAUAUGGAGGAAUAUUUGAGGAAGAUAGGAGGUGAUACCGACCACGUAAACUACUAUCAAUUCUGUGUCCUGCUAGAUGCUGGUACAAGUGGAAACCCAAGCAGAGUGAGCAGUUAUCUCUCAUAGAACAGAGGUUCAUCAUUUAUGCGUUUCUCAUACUUCGUCAACAAUUACGAUAAACUUAUGAUGCAGUGA